AUGAACCUCAAUUUUCCACUCACCGCUAAUACUCCCGCACUAACUUGUCACGUUACGUCCAACUACAACUCUUUCGUGCAAAUGAGUGCACACUUUGCUCUUCGCAGCUCGGGUGCUUACGCGAAGAACUUUGCCCUACGGACGGAUGAAUUCCGCGGCGCAGACGGUUCGCCUCCGUGUAGGCAGUAUGAGCGGACUUUUGAGCUUACCAGUGAUUUCCAGUAUCUGAGUACAUACGAGCCUAUUCAUUCUCACAGAGUCCGGACGCAGCGAACCACUUGUAGCUAUGCUUCCGAGAACUGGGCAUUGCAGCAUCACAUACGGCACUGCUACAGGGCAGAAGAAUACGCAGCCGACGAUUCGAUCGUUCGUUUCGCGCAUCGCGAACAGCGUUCCAUAAAGUCACCUGCGGAGUUGUUUGAGGCCAUCAGCAUUGCGCCCCCACUAGCUCGUGCUGGCUUCGAUUAUCGGAACUACCAACCAAUCGUACAGCGUCUGUGUCCACCGGACAAUUAA